AUGGCGGCGCGGAGGCUGACCAGCCGCGUCGCUGUCGUGGACGAGGACAGGUGCAAGCCGAACAAGUGCGGGCAGGAGUGCAGGAGGAGCUGCCCCGUCGUCAAGAUCGAUCUGACAUUCAGGGUUGUUGGAAGCAUUGCACUCAUCUCUGAAGAACUCUGCAUCGGCUGCGGUAUUUGCGUCAAGAAGUGCCCAUUUGGUGCCAUCACCAUCAUCAACCUUCCAAAGGAAUUGGACAAAGACACCACCCAUCGCUUUGGCCAAAACAGCUUCAAAUUGCACAGGCUGCCGGUCCCAAUACCUGGUCAAGUUUUGGGCCUUGUUGGGAUCAAUGGGAUUGGCAAGUCCACAGCACUUAACAUCUUAGCUGGACAGAUCAAGCCUAACUUGGGAAGAUAUGAUGUCGAGGCCCUGUUCCUCCCAUUGCCUGCUGCGGUGCUGCCGCUUCUGCUUUCUGCUUCCAGAAAAUCAGAGGAGGAGGCUCUCUGCUAUCAGAUAAAAGAUCAGUAA